ACCUUGUAAAUUGGCUUAUGUUCAAAUAUAACAAUUCUAUUGAUUGACAACUCUAUUCGGCAGUGUGAGCUACUGUCUCGAAGACAUAUCAGCAUAGUAGAGCGAAAUGAAACAGGUUUUAAUCAUUUAAUACAGACAGCCAACAUCAUGAGUGACGAAGAAAUGACACCACGCUCCAAAGAGAUGGGACUUUUAAAAUCUAUCCUUGAUAGUAAAUCUCAAAGUACAAUAUCUCAAUCAUCACUAUCCAGUUCCGAUUCUGUGACCCAAAUAUCAAGCAGUGUCUCAACGACUGAUGAAAACUCCAAAUCAUCAAACAGGAGUAAUAGUCCUCUUACAUCUUCCAAUUCAUCAAUGGAGUCAAAAGAUAAAAAAUCAAGUGACAUAAGUUCAGAUUUUGAUUCAGACUCUAGCCAUGACUCUAAAUCUUACAGUAGUGACUCUUCUGAUACUGUCGUUUUAGAAGAUAGUGCCAAAUCAAAAAGAUCAAAUAGAAGAAAACAUUCUCGCAGUGAGACAGACUCUAAAAGUUCAAGUGAUUUAGAGGUUGAAUCUAACAAUAAUUCUAAAACUGUUGAUGAUAAUGAUCGCUACCUCACACAAAGAAAUCGUAAAUUUUACAGCAUUGAGGAAACUGAAGCAAGGUCAUAUGAAGACCGUAAACAAUACGACAACCAAAGGGAUAGACCUAAAUCAGCCACAGUCCUUCAUAUUGAAAAUCACGAGGAACAUUAUGAUAAAUUUAAAAAUAAUCGUGAAAGGAGGUCUCAACGUCCCAUGAGUGCAAGCUCCCGACUAUCAUCAACUGAAACAUUCGACUCACCUCAGAGAAGACCUAGGCGUAAAUUACGUUCAUAUAAACCACAUAAGGAAGCCAUAAUAUAUAAUGCCUGGGAAGAGUCCGUUAAUGAUAAACUGUGCCAAAAAUAUGGAGAAUUAAAAGAUCUCUUGUUGCAUAGUCUAGACAUUAUGCAGUCAAUUCCUAAUAAAAAUGAGCUUUUAUAUGAUCAAAAAUAUAAAGCUGCGAAAAAAAUCAUAAAGAAAACUUUAUAUGUGCCAAACACAGUAAGCAUGAGCCCAAGAGAUGUUCCAAGUUAUUUCCGCAAAAGUGCUAAAGGCCGCUCAAAUGAUUCCACGCGGAAUUCCAAUUCAAUAUAUAGAAAUGACUCGGAAAGUCCACGUAGUGAUGCAAGCUACAGCAGUAACUAUGACAACGAUAGUGUUGUCUCCAGCAAUUCCUAUUAUUCAAGAGUAUCUGCCUCCACGGAUACGUCUACCCUUAGAGGAUCCAAGCGCGUCACAUUUGCUGAUGAUGGUGGAAGUCUUUGCAGUUUUGACCAAUCAGUGACUAGUGACAGUGAAAACCAAAUCCGUGGUAUUCUAAAACAUAAAAAUAAAUCUAAUCGAAGACAAGUACCUCAUCGUGAAAUGGGAUAUUUCACACCUCCUAUGCAGGAGAGUUCACAUAGGAGCCGUCGCAAACAAUUAAGCAUGGACGAUUAUUCCAUGAUAAGAUCAGUGAGUGAGGAACACUUGAAUCGUCCACGUGAUAGGCAAAUAUCUCGUAGCGAAUCCAUUGGUAACUUGGACAAUAGAGAUAACUCUCCAUCUAUGGGGCCUUCUAAUUUUGGGAGCUUGAACAGGAGAAGGAGUUCUAGUCCUAAGAGGAAUAAAAGUCCUUCCAGGAGCGUUAGUCUGACCAGCUUGAAUGGUAGUUUUGAUGGCUCCGAUCACCAACUCAAAAACACUGAUAACCCUGCAGUCAAGAAAUGGUUACGCGAGAAAAACAAGGAGCAUAGAAUGCAAUUAAAACAGGAACGACUUCAGAAGAUGAAUGAACAAAAACGGGAAGAGGACCAGAGAAAAGUUAAAGAUAUUAAAACUUUAGAAUCUCAAAUUCAGUUUCAUAAAUGGAUCACUAAUAAACAAAAGGAACUGAGAAUUCAGAAACGACACGAAAGAAUAAAACCAAAACCAGUUGAGAUUGUUACACCACGUAAAAAUACUUCCCCCUCUGGACUACGCCCUGCUUCUUCAUAUAGUGGUUUCGCCCCCAAGGCUCCAAGGGCAAAAAAAUCUGGUUUACCUAAGAGAUCUUCAAGUAUGAAAAAGAAACAACAAGAGGAAAAAGAAAAAGUUAAAGCUGCUGAAGAAACUUUGAAAAAGAAAAUUUCUUAUGAAAUCUGGUUGAAACAAAAGCAAGAAGAUGAUGCAGAACGACGUAGAUCGGCCCAAAAAAUAUUUGAAAAACUUUCAAAAUCUGCAGAUGAUGAUACGAAACGUGUUAUUGCAGAUGCAGCAAAGCGGAGAUUUGAGAGGGUUGUCGAUGGAAAGAAAACAUUGGACUCUGGAUUAAAAAUGCCUGCUGAUGAUACAAGGCCCACAUCUGCUCCACCAUCCCAAAACACACGGGAGGGUAAAUACAAAUGGGUAAAUGAAUCCUCAAAGAACCCAGAAAGGCCACGAUCUGCCAGACCACAAUCACCAAACAAAGCAGACAGAGUUUCCACAUCAAGUCAAAAUCCAUUCAAAAAUCCUACACCACCAACAGAAAGCAAAAAAUCAAAUAGCCGCAGAAAUAAAAACUCUGGAAUGUAUUAUAAACCAAGAGACUUUAAUAAUUUUUUAUUUGAAGAGGCAUCGGGGGAACGUCCUGAACCCCAGGGGUGCGAUGCCCCCAACAAUUUGCCUGCCCAUGAUACAGAGAGUGAGACAAGCAGUACUGUGGGUGAACCCAAAGCAUCAGAGAAAUCAAAACGCAAGAAAUCAAAAUCUGAUUCAGGGAUUGUUGAUGACAUUGAUACAGACGCAAAACCUUUAGCUAUAAAACCUAAGAAAGACACCACUUUCUUAACAAGUAUUGAAGCCUGAUAUCUUUGAUAAAUAUCUGUUGAAACCUUGUGUGUUCCGUAAUUAAUUGUUUAUUUUAUACUUGAGGAGGAAAAUUUCAUCAAAACCAACUAAUGGAAUUGUGUGUGAAUUGUGAAUUCAUUUUAUGAGAAUGAGAGAGUGAGAUUAUAUUUUCGUGUCUUGCAAAAGUGCUAUUAAGUUUUAUGGAAGUACGCAUUAUAAAAAGAGAUUUAUUUUAUACUUUUUCAAUUGAUCUCAAACUGAAUGUAAAAUCUAAGUCAUUAUGUGCAGUGUUAUUAUUUGUUGCCAUGGCAACAUAAA